AAUUGCGUGGCUGUGAUUGGCCAGGCACUCGGCUCCCAGCAGGUGAAUAGGCUCCCAUACUAGUCAUUACUGUUGCUCCGCUUCACAAGCCCAUGAACACCACUGGGCAAAGUGUCCGCCUCUCCUCGGACUUGGAAUUCAUAUAACAUUAUCCAAAGCGGCGGAUCGCACCAUGGAUGCUACUAUUAUUCAGAUAAUAUUCGGGGAGCUAGGGGACCUUAAUUGUAGUUUAGUAGAUGCUCUCCAAGACACUUUUUUGGGGAACGCUUCAUUGUCCUUGCUGAGCACUGAUGGUUUUUUUUGCAAUGCCACAACCGAUGAGAUUGGAACAUGCUGGCCGCGGAGCAGCACCGGGAGGAUUGUGGAGAGACCCUGCCCUGAGUACAUCAACGGGGUGAAGUACAACACAACCAGGAGUGCUUACAGGGAGUGCAUGGAUAAUGGGACGUGGGCGCUGAAGAGCAAUUACUCCAAUUGUGAACCCAUUUUGGAGGAGAAGAGAAAAUAUCCAAUGCAUUAUAAAGUAGCACUGAUCAUCAACUACCUAGGUCACUGUAUCUCUGUGGGAGCUCUAGUCGUGGCCUUUGUUCUCUUCUUGUGCUUAAGGAGCAUACGAUGUCUUCGAAACAUCAUCCACUGGAACUUAAUCACCACCUUCAUACUGAGGAAUGUCAUGUGGUUUUUGCUUCAGUUGAUCGACCACAAUAUCCACGAGAGCAAUGAGCCUUGGUGUCGAUUAAUUACAACCAUUUACAAUUAUUUUGUGGUGACAAACUUCUUCUGGAUGUUUGUUGAGGGAUGCUACCUUCACACAGCCAUCGUAAUGACUUAUUCAACCGAUAAGCUCAGAAAGUGGGUCUUUCUUUUCAUCGGCUGGUGUAUUCCAUGCCCUAUAAUUAUAGCCUGGGCUAUAGGAAAGUUGUAUUACGAAAAUGAACAAUGUUGGUUUGGUAAAGAACCUGGGAAGUAUAUGGACUACAUUUACCAGGGACCAGUCAUUCUUGUGCUUUUGAUAAACUUUGUUUUCCUCUUCAACAUAGUAAGAAUCCUUAUGACCAAACUAAGAGCUUCAACCACGUCUGAAACGAUACAGUACAGAAAAGCCGUGAAGGCAACGCUGGUCUUGUUACCCCUGCUGGGCAUCACCUACAUGCUCUUCUUUGUAAAUCCGGGGGAGGACGACAUCUCACAAAUCGUUUUUGUUUAUUUCAACUCCUUUUUGCAGUCUUUUCAGGGGUUCUUUGUGUCUGUGUUUUACUGCUUUCUAAACGGAGAGGUACGUUCUGCAGUAAGGAAGCGAUGGCACCGUUGGCAGGACAACCAUGCCCUCCGAGUGCGAGUGGCACGAGCCAUGUCCAUCCCCACAUCUCCGACCCGGAUCAGCUUCCACAGCAUCAAACAGACCACAGCUGUGUGACCAGCACAUCAUCUCCACAACAACAUCUCAUGCUGUGUCUCAAUUAAAAUACUCUCCUCAGUACACUGCCAUGUCGUGCAAUGUGCGCAGUGUGUGAAUUUACUCCAUGUAGCGUUGUCUCAAACUGAACACGGCUGCUGUGUGCUCUCACUGGGAGCGACUAUCGCCACUGUUAGUUAACCCAAUACAAUCAUGGUGGCUACUUUUCAACUGUAGUAUAGUGUUACAUGUAUUAAAUAUAGAAAAAAAAAACACAUGUAUACAUUUAAUUUGUAUAGUGCUGUGUUGACCAAAGCAACCGCAAUUGCGACUGCUACUUUCAUUACGAGUGUCCAGCGUUUCUUUUUGAACGUUAUGAGUAAACCACUACUUUGUCUUGCUUUUCAUUGGUAUGCUUUUGCACCUAAAAUAGCACAUACAUUAUAUACAGAAGUACGCAACUUGACACAUAUCAUUGAUCUUUGUGUGGAGUACAAACAUUGAGGUGAUUUACAGAACAGACUUUUUCCUCCGACAAGGUCGUAGUGUGUCCAGUUGACUGAAGAGCCAGUCAAUGUCUCUUGAAUGGUAAUAUCAAUUAAUCUAAAAGUAUACUUCAAUAGUACAUGGAGGUGUAUCUCCACUGACAAAUUGUACAUGUUACAGGUACAGGGUUAAAGCCUUUCUGGAAAGUAUUUAAACAAUGGCCUCAUGUUACUGUCACAUCACAGCAAGUCUUAUGUUAGCUUGUUUUCACUGUCAUCUUACUGCUUAGUGGUUGUGAGAGGAGCAAGAUCAUCUUAGAGGAUUUGCAGCAGGAUACUUCAGCAGCUCAUGCACUUGUUGGCAUCUGCUCCAUUGUUACCUAGAGGUGCAUCGCUCAAACAUUAUUGCAAGUCUUCUUUAGAGAGAUGUCAAAAUGCUCCUUGAGUUAACUGUUUCUAAAACUAUGAAAGGAAGGUAUUUCAUUCAAAAGAGGCACUGCUCUCUCUUAUAAAAAGAUAAUUUAAAUGUUUCUUUUUGAUCAAUGCGGGAUGAUCAUUUUAUACAAACAAGCCAUUCAAGUGAAGUCCUGAGUCUGAUCUUGUAUACAGUGUUGAUAUGUUUGUCUUGUAUUGUUGUAAACAUUGUGUUCAGCUUCUUCUCUUUUCCAGCUAUUUUCUUUCACCCUCUAUUUCUUCUCCUCAGAGCAGGAAGGUGUGAACAUAAUUAGCAAUUAAAUGAGUGACCACCAUGCGUGUUUGAGGCGGAUGGAUGAGCAGUGGAAAAUUAAAUCUUUCUUCUAAACGAGUAAAGAUAAGAUUAAAUAAUAUAGAGUUGAGAAAUUGGUGCCUUGUCAUUUAUGUAAUGUAUGUGUGACAUGCUUAGAUUCAUCAUGCAGGCACAGAGGGAGCAGAUUACAUUAUUUUGGCUUUAUGAAAUCCUUGUGGCUUUCUAGUAAUCUGUGUCACUACUAAGCUGCUGGUUUCAGAGCUUGAUGAAAUGAGCACCAAACACUUGCCUGUGAUGCUAACUCCUACAUCUGCUCAGGCUGCUCACAAUAAUGGGAACACUCAUCUAUCUGCAAAGUCAAACUCCAGAAAUACGAAGGUUUAUGAACAAUCAAAUAAGUCUUAAUGAUGCUGCUAGCUUAUGUUUAAAUGCAGAUGCUCCUUUGUGUAUGACCUUCUUUACAUGCAGUAGAAGUAUUUCUGUCAGCUGGUACAGUAAGAAUGUUUAAAGAGAUAUUUUGAUAUGUUUGGUGAUACACUUAUUCACUGUAAAGCUAAGAGUUCAAUGACAAACCACUCUGAAAGUGUUUUUUUCUUAUCUAACUCUUAUCUAAUAUUAAAAUGAAUUGUUUUAUUUGAUUUCAGGUUAACAUUUAUUUAUUGGUUUAUUCAUAUUUAUGUCAUGUGAUAUUUCAGGAUAAAAUGCACUGGAUUUACUGUUGAUGUUAAGCGUGGAGGUAUUGCAUCAAACAUAACAUUGUAGUAAAAUGUACAUUUCAUAUUUAAUUGUUUGUAUUUUUUUAUACAUUACAGCAUCAUUUGUUGUUGUUGUUGUUAUGCUGCUCAACUGGACUGAUAUCAAUUGUUAAUCAUUUAAUGUAACUAUUUCUGUAGUCCUGUUUCCAGUAUCAUUCAGCUGUAACACUGCAAAACCUUUCAUGAUAUUAUGUUUGCAAAACAAAUACAUAGUCUAAUAUUUUGAUACAGGAGUAAAGAAAACACGUCAUUUAUUCCAACUCGCCAAAGAGAUUAACCGUUUACCAGCAUCCUGCAUUUCUAUUACCUACAUGUUUCUAUUGUUGCCAUUGCAUUUUUUAAACCAAAUCAUGUUGACUUUAUGUUGACACCAUUUAUUGUACAUGAGGAAAUGUAAUCAAUGCAGUAUGAUGUCAGAUUUGUUAACUUAUAACUGUACAUGAAUACAUUCGACUGAUUAAAUGGUAUUUGUUGAACCACCUAUGUUGCCUUACAAACAAAGGAAAAGGAAGCUCUGUAAAUGAUGUAUCAUCGUGCUACUGAUAUACAUUUGUACAUCCACAUGUGAAAGGAAAAAAUGUUGAUUUAAAUAAAAAUGAUACUCAUA